AUGCAAACGUCUGCACUGACUACAUGUUGCAUCUGAAGCUAAAUAAAUGUACUUUUAAUGUUUUCAGCAGUGUAAUUAUGAGUAAAACGUACGUACAUUGUCACAACAAGCUACUCACCACGGAGAAAUAACGCUAACUGCGACAUGAACACAAGGCGAUUCCCACCCGGGGACCACCCACACACUGCAGGAGUCUGCGAGGAGAGGGAGUUGAAGCUGAGGUGGGAGGAGGACGCCAUUGCAGCCGCAGCUGGCCGUCUGUGAGACAAACGUUAUCAAACUUCACAAUGUCGGGGGGCUUUUGAGACACUUUAUUCAGACUCAGCCCCCUGUUACUGGGUUAUAGUGUGGACACGGACGAGUAGGAUGGACGGUUGGCCUUUCACGGGGGGAAAAUGUGGAGCCACAGCGCCGAGCCGAAGCAGUCUCCAACCAUUCCUUCACCUGUCUGGUGGCCCAGCCUCUCACCAUGAACAUCAGUAGGAACUGCACCACAGCGGGGAAUGGUGAGGGUCUGGCUGCCCUGGAGUCGGUCUCCAUUGUGACCAUCACGCUCCUCGCCUGCCUCGGAAACCUCCUGAUAGUGGUGACCCUCUAUCGCAGGCCUUAUCUGCUCACGCCCAGCAACAAGUUUGUGUUCAGCCUGACCCUGUCCAACCUGCUGCUGUCCGUGCUGGUGUUGCCGUUCGUGGCCGUGAGCUCGGCAAAGAGGGAGUGGGUGUUUGGGGUGGUGUGGUGUAACUUCACCGCCCUGCUCUACCUGCUCAUCAGCUCUGCCAGCAUGCUCACCCUUGGUGCUAUUGCCAUUGACAGGUACUACGCAGUGCUUUACCCAAUGAUCUACCCCAUGAAGAUCACAGGAAACCGGGCGGUGGUUGUCAUCGCCUAUGUGUGGCUGCACUCCCUGGUGGGCAGUCUGCCUCCUCUUUUCGGCUGGUCCUCCUUUGAGUUUGACUGCUUCAAGUGGACCUGUGUUGCAUCUUGGCACAGAGAGCCGAGCUACACCGCCUUCUGGGUCACCUGGUGCAUCCUCCCCCCCUUGUUCAUCAUGCUGGCUUGUUACGGUGUAAUUUUCCGUGUUGCCCGUAUGAAAGCCAGGAAAGUACACUGUGGGACAGUUGUCGUGGCCCAGGAUGACUCCACUGGAGCUCAGAGGAACGGACGCAAAAACUCAAGCACCUCGACUUCCUCUAAUGGUAGCCGGCGGAGCCUGGUGUACGCAGGGAGCCAGUGCAAAGCCUUUGUAACCAUCUUAGUGGUGAUCGGCACCUUCCUCAUGACCUGGGGGCCGUAUGUUGGGGUGGUGUGCACGGAGGCUUUGUGGGGACAAGGGAGUGUGUCUCAGGGACUGGAGACUUUGGUAGCAUGGCUGUCUUUCUGCAGUGCGGUGUGUCACCCUCUCAUCUAUGGUCUGUGGAAUAAGACGGUGAGGAAGGAGCUGCUGGGGAUGUGUUUCGGAGAUCGCUACUAUAGAGAGUCGUUUGCCACGCGGCAAAGGACAUCCCGCCUCUUCAGCAUCUCCAACAGAAUCACAGAUUUGGGUAUGUCCCCACACCUGACAGCCAUGCUGGCUGGUGGAGGGCAUCUGCUGGCCCCAGGGAGCAGCACAGGAGAUACUGGCUUCAGUUUCACUCAGGACUCAUGCACAGACGUGAUGUUGCUGGACAACUUCUCCACAGAUGGCUCGUCAUACCCACAGAACCACGGGAAUCUGUCUGGAAAGAGGAGGAGCUCUGUCACCUUUGAAGAUCAGGUGGAGCAAGCUAAAGCUGAAAACACCAACACAUCCUCAGUUCAGGUCCAUGCAGAGGUGCACAAAUCUCUCGAUACCUUCGCUUCCUGUCUGGCGAAGGCUAUAGAGAGCGACGCUAAACUAACCCUGUUUGGGGAGGGUCUGGCUCUGCCAGGGGGACUGUUUACAACCAGGGCAGCACCGAGACCCAGAUACCUGGACGGUCAGAGACUGAGGCUUGAAAGUAUCGAUGAAGGGAUUGUUAAAGAUGACAGAGAUGAUGAAGACGAAGAGCAGGACGUGGAGGAAAAACCGGCCUGAGCACAGCAGGUCUGUUCAUUUGUCGAACAUGUUAAAUAUACCGUACUCAGUUUAUCAGUGAACUGCAAGGGUCUCACACCCUCAACACCACUAUAUGUGACCAUCCGGAGCGGUCUGUGGUGCAGUUCAUGAAGUCUGAUCUCUCUACACGUGGGUACUCCAUACUUGAAAUUAUUAGGAAACAGGAAGAGGCACGUUUUUCCUUCCACUGUGUUGGACCAAGUGCACACCACCAGUGUCUUUGCAAGCCUUUGUAUGGAUUCAUGUAAUCAAAUAGGAAGCCUUAACUACUGUAACCUAAAUGAUGGAUUGUUGUAGCGAUGUGUUUACUCUAUUUUAUAUGUCCUCAGAAUCUGCAAUAACGUGCCUCAUCAAGGCUGAAAGUAUAAAAUAAUACAGAAGAUUCUAGCUUCCAAAAGACUCAUAACACUGUUAUCAGAUUACUUUAAUAUUUCGCUUUUAUUGUGAUUAGAAAAGUAAGUUUCAAGCCUGAUCCUCUCUUAUUCAGGUACAGAGAAAGAGCCAGUUUGUGCUUAUACUGGUCCACAUACACAGGUGUUUCCACUUCACUGUGCCUGCAGAGUUGGACCUGUGAUAGUUAAGUACUGUGCCUUGACAAUUUAACACCAUAUUCAUUACUUAAGGUGUUAUUUACCUUGAAUGACAGGCUUCGGCUGUUGUGAGGCGUCCAUAUUUUUUCGUUUCUCAGACACGUAUGUGAUAUUAAAGGGAUUGUUUGGGUCUUUUGAAGUGGGGUUGUAUGAGGCACUUAUCCACAGUGUUAGGGUUGCAGCAAUAUCCUGGUUUUAAGGUAUACCGUGAUACAAAAGGUGACUGUUAUCAUACCAUGUAUAUUUGCUUAUCUACAAGACUAAAAAUAUAAAUUCCGUAAUACCAUGAUACCAAGAAACCAUGAUAUUUUCUGAGAUGGUUAUCGUACAGUGAAGAUCUCAUACCGUUGCAACCCUAGACAGUGUGUAUUACAUACAGUAGAUGUCAGUUGGCACACACCCAGUUUAAAGAAGUAGACAGGACAACUGUCACUGAAGCAAAGCAAAGUACUGCUAUGGAGGAGUCACCCUAAAAAAUCCAUAUCAGUAUAAGUGCACAUUAUAUUUAGAAUAUUUUCUAAAGCUAAAGGAGUUCAAUCGAUCUACUCAAAGCCAGACUCCAUUAAGAAGGACUGUGAUUUAAUGUCGCUGAACACAGGAGCUGCUGGUCAGCCAGCUGCUCCUGUGUUCAUCGAGCCCAAAUUACUCUUUUUGUCAAUGGAGUCUGGCUGGAGUCUGGAGAGCAUAGAUGGGGAACUGAAGCUUUUAACGGCUUCCCUGUUUGAGCAGGCUAACAGAAAGGUAAAGCAGUGAAAUUAUUCUAAAAAUACCGUACACUUAAACUGAUAUUGGGUUUUUUAGUGGGACUUUUUUUAGGUGGCUAAAAACGGUAUAGCUGCUGGUUCCCUCCACAGCAGUAGAUUGCUUAGCGUCCGUGUCGGCACACAUUACUGUAAGUACUGCACAGACUAUGGAUAAGUAACUCAAACGACACAAAUUAAAAAAAAAAUAAAAAAUCAGAACUUUCUCUUAAAAUGCCAAGUCACAUUUAUCACAAAAAUCUGAGUUUUCGAUCAUAAUUACAACUCGGUUUUUGAAGUGAACUCUAUUUACAAGUUUGACCCCACAAUGAAUACUUUGGUAUGACAUGUAAGGAGAGGUCUGAUCGGCCAGAAUCAGUAAAAACACCUGUGCAGGACCUUUAAUGCAAUAAAGCACAUUUUUAAGGGAGCACAUAACAGUGUUGUGAGUCUUUUGGGUGAUAGGAGUCACAGAUUUUCUGUUCAGACAAGAUAGAUUUGUGUUUUCAAAGCAGAAGGUUGUCUUCUGACACUGCAUGUUGUUUACAUUUAGACAACUUGUGUUAUAAUUCUGACUGAUGAUCACAUUGCACAGCAGCGUGGUAAUGAGAGGGAAGACACUCUCGAUAUGUUAGAAAUCUUUCUGAAGAAUUUUGAUGAGGAAAAAGAAACUUUUUUCACAGGAGACAUUUUGACAGGUCACAGGAGAAAAGAAAUCAACAAUGGCUGAAUUCCGUUUAGCUCCUUCAGUUUCAGGGUCCUGGUGUUGUGCAUGGUGGCUCACUGUCAGGAUUCACAGAGCCAUCAUUAAUGUUAUUAUUGACACCUUUUCUUUUCCUACUAUGACAAGUCAAAAUGUGCUGUGAAAAAAGCCUAUUCAUGUGGACUGAAAACACAAAGUUACCUGAAGGUGUCGACUGAUGUCCUGUCCAAGGGUUACUGACGAAAACCAAACCAUGACCCUCAACAGUCCCUCCAGGAUUUCGCAAGCUGGUUUUGGGGGAAGUGAAAAUUGCAUGGUUGUGAUGCUGUCACAGAUUCAAAGCUUAUUAUUAUUAUUAUUAUGAGCAUUUGGUGUUUCCCACAAUCAAUAGCAUCAGUAUCAACAGCUGGAAUCAAAGGGGAUUGGCUGUAUUUUAAUUGUUAGGAUCGCAACAUCCUGGAGGGAUUGUCUGAAUAGGAAUUAAUGUGUAUAGGAAAUGUAUGGAUUUAAAGAGUAAAUUGUGUAAUUAAUCAUAAGAAAACCUCAAAUUAUAGUGAUACAGUUUGUCUAUGUAUCAACCAACUCUGAGCUUCAUCAUACGAACAUGUGUUUGAUUAGGUACGUGCACAGCGAGUAGGAUCAGAGACGGUCUUGACAUUUCAUGAUUAUCUGCUACAGUAAUUGCACUUGAACAUGCACGUUGUGCUUGUUCUCAUAGAAACCACUUUAACUGUGUCAGAGAAGGCAACUAGUACUGUUUGGUCAGUAAUGCAUACCGUAUGUAGGAAAGACGACAUUAAGUAUCGAUUACAUGGGCUAAGGAGUAAAUGAAGUCCAAAAUUAGGUCAUUUGGAGACUGACUGUUAUCAGUGUUUAAAUAUUGUUAUAUUAAUGAAAUUGCCUUAGGAAAAUCCUUCAUUUCUGAAUAUUGUGCACAUAUUGAGCAGUGCACAACGUUCAUGUUUGUUGCUAUAUUGGUCUUUGAAAGUCAAAGAUGAAGAUUGUCUUAAUCUACAACAGUGUGUCUUAGUAAAUACUCUUUGGUACAUGUGGUUUACCUCAGUUUACACACUCCACCGCUCCCUUUACUGUUGUUAAAAAAACUCAGAGAGGACUUUUGUACUAAGUAGAGCGCUUCAGUCUUACCUCGUAUCUUCAUAUUAUGUGUGAACGGUACUAUACACAUGAGAAGUGAUGUAACCUUUUGAUUUUCACUAUACAGUAAGUAUUAAUUCAAAUAUUUGCAUUAAAGUUUUGUAUCAAGAUUCUUCUAUUAAAACUUUUUUUUUUUUUUUACAUAAAAUUCUUUGAACCAG